AUGAGACAAAAAUCUCAAACUGUUCAUGAGGAUGCAGAAAGAAAGUUAAAAACCGUCGAUUAUGAUUUGUGUAAAUAUAGGUGUCUGUUGACUAAGAAGAAAUUUAUUGGGAGGGGUCUGAGAUACCUGUAUUUGUUUAAGAAUUUAAUUUGUAUUGGAAAGGUAUCCUUAUAUUUCGAGAUAUUUAAGUCACCUUAUGUUUAGAUACCAGAACGUCAAUUUCGAAUCAAUUCUGAAUUAAGAAUUAAAUGGACAUAUUCAAAAACCAAAUUAAAUUCAAUUAUAUUUUAAGUAAGUGGCUAACAAUAUGAAUACCAUGGAACAAAUGAGUAGUUAAGGGAACUCAAAUAGAAGUUUGCAUUAUAUGUUUUCCAAGUGUAGAUUUAAGAUGAAUAUUCAGCUGAAUCUGUUUUAGGAAGAGGGUCAUACGCAACAGUUCUCGAAUUAACUAAUCUAUUUACGAAGAAACAAUACGCUGCUAAAUGUAUUGAUUAACAACGUAUUAAUGAAAAAAAGAAUGGUUAGAAAUAAUUGCAAUAAGAAAUAGAAACGAUGAGAAUUCUUUCUGAGUAGAAGCAUGAUAACAUUUUAUUGUUACAUGAACUCUAUAUAGGAAAUUAAAACUAUUAUUUAGUAAUGGAAAUGGCUAAAGGUGGUUCAUUAUUAUCUUUGAUGAAAAAACGCUAAACUCUUUUCAGUAGGUCAGACAUCAAACUAAUAAUGAAAUAACUACUUGAAGGGUUGAUGUUUAUUCAUCAUCAUAACAUAAUGCAUAGAGAUUUAAAACCGGAAAACAUAUUAUUUAUGAAUAAAGAUUUAGAAUCUUUAGUAAUUGCAGAUUUUGGACUUGCAUAAUCAGUAGAUUCUCAUCCUUAUACUUAUCCAAAAUGUGGAACACCAGGUUUUGUUGCUCCUGAAAUUCUAGAACAAGAUUCCGAUUUGGCCAGAUACACUGUAUCUUGUGAUAUAUUUAGUGCAGGAGUUAUUUUAUAUGUUUUAUUAAUAGGAGAACCCUUGUUUGAAAAAAAGGAUAGGAAAGAGUAAUUAGAAUUGAAUAGAAAAUGUGAAAUAAAUCUAAGCAAAUUUUCAUCUGAUUAAUUGGAUGAUCUUGAAAAAGAUAUUUUAAUGAAGAUGCUUUCAAAAAACCCAGAUUUCAGAUGGUCGGCUGAUAACCUUUUGAAACACAAGUUUUUCGUAUCCUAGGAUUCCAUUGAGUAGGAAGUAGAUUUCUACAAAUUAAACAAUAUUUCAAUUCUUAAGAAAUAAUAAAUGCCAACAUUCUCAAAAAAUCCCUUUAUGUAGUUUGGCAAAAAUAUUAGUUUAGUCAGAGAUCAUGCUUUAACCCUUUCUUUAAGAUAAAGAAAUUGUACAUUAGUAAUGUAAACUAAUUUAAGAUUUGAUAAAUCAUCACAAGAAUAAUUAAUUACUGAAUAAGUGUAUGGAAUGGGAUCUUUUAAUUAAUAAAAAGAUGAAAUCAAUUAAACCAAUCCUUGA